AUGUCCUCUGUCAAUUACACUGCUUCAUAUCCCUCAGUCUUUCUUUUGCUGGGUGUCCCAGGUCUGGAAGCUUUCCAUAUCUGGAUUGCCUUUCCUUUCUUUGUUGUUUAUCUAAUAGCACUUGUGGGAAAUUUCACAAUCUUGUGCGUAAUUAAGACUGAGAGGAGUCUUCAUCAACCCAUGUUCUACUUUCUUGCUCUUCUCUCUUUAAUUGACCUGGGUCUUUCUACCUCUACCAUCCCUAAAAUGCUGGCCAUCUUCUGGCUCAACCUUAGGGAGAUAAGCUUUGAGGGCUGCCUCAUUCAAAUGUUCUUUAUCCACACCUACACUGGUAUGGAAUCUGUUGUACUCCUGGCCAUGGCAAUUGACCGCUUUGUUGCCAUCUGUUACCCACUGAGAUAUACCACUAUUCUCACCAACAAAGUAGUAGCCAUUAUGGCCUCUGUUGUAGUGGGACGGCCAGUUCUUCUUGUCAUCCCCUUCUGCCCUCUUCUCAAACGAUUGCCCUUUUGUGGACAAUACAUUAUUCCUCAUACCUACUGUGAACAUAUGGGAAUUGCUCGUCUUGCCUGUGCUAGCGUAAGGGUCAACAUCAUAUAUGGGUUAUUUACCAUCGCUGCCCUGAUCUUUGACUUAAUCCUUAUUGCCCUCUCAUAUGUUCAGAUCCUACAAGCUGUUUUUCGCCUUCCUUCCAGGGAUGCCAAACUCAAAGCUCUUAGCACAUGUGGUUCACAUGUGUGUGUCAUCUUAGCCUUUUAUACACCAGCAUUUUUCUCCUUUAUGACUCACCGAUUUGGUAGAAAUGUUCCUCGCUACAUUCAUAUUCUCCUGGCCAAUCUGUAUGUGGUAGUUCCUCCUUGUUUAAAUCCAGUCAUUUAUGGGGUUAAGACAAAACAAAUUAGAGAUCAAGUUAUGGAAAUAUUUGUAAAGAAAGAGUAA